UUGCCAAUCAGUUUGUCUGCCAGCGUCAGUUAGGACUUGCUUAUAAUAGUAGCCAACUCUGCCCAGAGGUUAGUGGAUUCCUACGCCUGAUCAUGGUGGAAUUCAGUACAUGAAGUAUCAUAAAAAGUCCUAAGAACUCUUAAAGGUAGCAGAAGACACCGCCUGUGAGCUUUGUGUGGAAAUAGAAUUGUGUGUUGCUGAAGGUCUCAAAUUCCUGUGCAGAACCUUAUGUGAAGGACCGGAAUAAGCUACUUAACACUGCUGACCAGCUGUUCCUCCGUUAAUGACAGAGAGCGGGCAAGUCACAUAUACUGCCCCAUGGAAGCUGAUAUUUGUGUCUGACGAAUAAAACUGACAAGAGGGGAUCAGAAAUAUGGAACAAGGCUGAUGACUACAAUGUGACGGAACAGGAAGCAGUUAGAAGUUAAAGAACAUAAAUGUUGAUACCUCCUCAUUUUCAUCCUGUUAGAGAAUUAAUUUUCCUUGUAGCGGCCAAUUGACUGAUGUGAAAUUUUAAGUGUAAGAUAUAAGAAUUUUUUUAAAUGAGCAGAAUAAUUACCCAAUCUGACAAAAUAAAUAAUAUAUAAAUAACAUAUUGUCCAGCAAAAAAUACUGAAUACAGAAUCAACCGACUGUGCAUUACUCUUGAAGAUGAUUUAUGAGUUAGAUGGUCACAUAUGGACCAUCAUUUAAGGCAUCUAGAAUAGUAUUUGAGAAUUUUCCCUGUUUUACUUAAAAAUAGAAAACAAUAUUUUUAAAAUGGACCUAAAGAUAAUGUCUAAACAGUCUCACAAAAUAUCAAAGGAAUGUGCGGAGUGCAAACCAUCAACACGCCAAACCAAGAGAGAUGAGUCAUCUGCCGUGAAAAUGGUCACGAUAAACACGGGAAAGCAAGUUUGUGGCCAAAAGGAGAAACUCCCUCCCGACUCCUCUGUUACAUGUACAAUCAAUGACGACAGCAGCAAAGACGACUGUGCUGAUAUUGGGACGAUAACGAUGACGGAAAGAAACAUCUCCAAAUCGCGGAGCAGAAAGAAGAAAAGGAAAUCCCAAAAUUCACAAGGAAAAGUUGAGACCGAACCCUUUUUAGACAAAAGGGCCACGUCAGGAUUGAAAACUGAGUCCAAGGCAAUACUUUCAUCUCCGAGACAUAAAACCAAUGAGAAAACAUCUGAUCAUGUGUCGAAAAAGUGUUUUUCAUAUAUGAAUAACAAAGUGCAAGAACCUACAGUCAAAAAUGUGGCCGUCACCACUGGAGGUACAGUGGACUUAGCAGACAGCAAGCUGAGUGCCUUCGUCUCAAAUGAAACAUUACAGUUGAGACCCAUUGGUUCAACAAUCCAUGCAGAUGACAAUCCUUCCAAUGAGAGGCAUUUAUGUGACGAUGAAGAGGAAAAACAGGCCCUAGAACUUCAGCCGAAAAGGCAAGACGGCUCCACCCCUAAAGACAGUGAUAAUCUGAAUGUUUCUGGAGAAACAUUCCAAAAGAAGUCAUACAGUGCAAUAGUCAAAGAGAGGAUGCAGAAACAUAACAGAGUACCAAAGAUCCUGCAGAACAUCCACAUACUGAAGACAUCUGAUGACUUAGAAAACAUUAGUCUCUGUUGUCAGUUUAGUGGUGUGUCAACUGACUGCUUCAUUGCGUGGAUGAAAGAAGGGGCACUUCUGGUAGAAGAGAAAAUCAGCAAAGCUGGUGACAGUGAGUUUUCCUUCACGAUUACUAAGGCCUCCAGUAAAGACCUAGGAUGGUACAAAUGUUGCCUGAGGAGCCCUUACGGAAAUGCGUUCUCAGAAUUCCAUCUGACCUCUGAUGAGCUGAAUGAACUUGUGCCCUGUCAUAAUCAAACUGUGCAGGUGAGUAAGGAGGUUGGAGAAGAUGUGAAAUGUGCCCCCCUGCUGUUCAGAGGAGACUUCCUAUGUGAGCAGUUCUUUGGGGAUGAUCAACCUGCAAGCAUCUUGACAGAAGAGGCCCACUUCGGUGAGGGCAUGCACCGGAAGGCCUUUCGAACCAAAGUUCUGACUGGUCUGGUGCCACUAUUCAACCCUGGGCACCACUGUGUACUCAAAGUCCACAAUGCCAUCAGCUAUGGGACCAAGAACAAUGAAGAACUAAUUCACAAGAAUUAUAACUUGGCUGUGGAGGAGUGUCAUGUUCAGAAUACAGCAAGAGAAUACAUCAAGGCCUACACAGCAGUUGCAAAGUCCGCAGAGAUAUUUGGAGAGGUUCCAGAGAUCAUUCCUAUUUACCUGGUCCAUCGACCCACCAGCGACAUCCCAUAUGCCACCUUGGAAGAAGAGCUUCUAGGAGAGUUUGUUAAAUAUUCUGUCAAGGAUGGAAAGGAGAUGAACUUGAUGAGACAAGACUCAGAGGCAGGGCAGAAAUGCUGUACCUUCCAGCACUGGGUCUAUCACAAGACUGAAGGCAACCUGUUGGUGACUGAUAUGCAAGGAGUUGGAAUGAAAUUAACUGACGUAGGUAUAGCGACCUGUAAGAAAGGGUACAAAGGCUUCAAGGGUAAUUGUGCCACCUCUUUCAUCGAGCAGUUCAAAGCGCUCCAUCAGUGUAACAAGUUUUGCCAGCUCUUGGGCCUGAAGUCUAUACAAGCAUGUCAACAAACAUCUAAGCGGCCAGCAACAGCCACCAAACCAAAGGCGAAACCACUGUCCAGGAUACGUUUGUUCCAGCCUUCAAGACCAAAUGCUGAGUGCAAAUGAUCUUCUGAUCAUAACCAUUUAAAAGUUUUUUAAAAAAGUGUUUUAUUCAAAUACUGGAACUUUAAAACGUCUCAAUUUUUCUUGAAGUAACUGCCUCAGAACAUUUUUGCUGGUAUGGAAGAGGCUUGGUUGUAAGAUGCUGGGUAGCUUCAUGAUACAGAAGAAUCGCAGGAAUGUUCUGAUUGUAGCGCAUCAGGGCGUUCAACUCAUAAGCAUUUAGAUAAAACAUAAAGCAACCACUAGUAUCCUGUGCAAAAAAGAAAAAACUUAUAUACUGUAUAUAUAUUUGAAAUAGUUGUAUAAUCAUUAAGCAAAUUAUUUGUAAAUUUAUAAUAAUAGUGACAUUUCUAUUUAAAUUAAUGCAUCUGCACCAGAGUUCCCAAGAUUAUUUUAGUAACCACACCAACUAAAAGAAGACCUUUGUGAAGAGGUCACACUCUGAAACACCCAUUUGAAUUAUUAAGACAGCUGUUAAUCUCCCUUGCCAGAAAUUGCUGGCUUGCCGUCACUGAAGAGUUUCCAAUAGCAGGUUGCGAUACUAACAAUCUAUUUAUACCUUUUUAGUUUUCAAAAUGUUAUCCUUGUCUUGAUAUCAAUCCUGUGCAACAAAAAAUUUUCAUUUUUAUAUGCUAAAUUGAAGGUGAAACAUGGUACUUGGCAUUUUAAGUGCGAAUAUGAAAUGCAUGUCUAUUCAGAACAGAUAAUAUUUCUGUGCAAUGAUGAUGAAGCUCAUCUAAGUUGAGGUGCUGGCUUACAUGGAUUAAGUAGCACAAAGGGGAGAUUUGUGGUUGGAGAACCUUAAAGUCACAUUAUACACAAUGCUCUGCCAUUGAACUAUACGUUCUGCUCAAGUUUUAUUUUCUCUUUGUUGCAAGAAAUAGUAUUUUUUUUCUGAGCAAUACAAGGAAUUAGAAUAGAAAUCAAAAAUUGAUUUAUUCAAUGCAUUAAACAUAAUAAAAGUUAAAUGCUAUGUAAGACAUUGUGACUGCAUAUUUUGAAAUAUUAAUCUUUGUUAUUAAAACUGAACAAUAUGAAUGAGGUUAAAAGAAACCACACACACACACACACACACACACACACACAUAGAUACAUACAUACGAACUCCAGCUUUUUUUCAGGUGCUGGGUCUGAAGCUAAAUUCUCACCAUAGCUAUUUAGUGUGACAAUGGCGUUUGAUAACAGAAAAACAAACACCAUUGUCACACUCCACACCUCUGGAGGAUUGAACUGGGGAGAAUAAAUUCCGUUGCGUGAGAGAGUACAAAAUAUUUAGCCAUAUGGAGUAUCGACACAGCAUUUCAAACGACAAAAACAUUUACAUUUAGUUUUUUUUUUUUUUGGGUAAACUGCCAACUGCUGAAUACGAACAUCUGAAUUCCUGUUAUUUGCAAAUAUGUUUGCGUUUAUCACUGCUUUUCAUUGACUUUGAAAGGAGUAAAAUGUAAUGGUGUCAUAGCUUAGACCUAAACUAGAAAAUAGGCUCAACAGUUAUUUGUUAAAUAUAUGUCAGACUACUAUUGGUAAAACUGUACAUCAAAUGUGUAAUAAAUAAAGAGAUUAUUACAACUUGCAGCUACAA